UUAUUUACCAACUCCUUCCACGUCAGACACAUAUCACACCAAGUUAUCUGCUAGUAAUGGACGAGAAGUACCAGCAGGAUUACCCCAACUCUCACUACUUGAGUAACUUGAACAACUUGAAUGGUACCAAUCAGCAUGUGGACCUUAAUCGAUUACCCACGUUAGGAGAGAUAUUAUCUAACAGAACCAAGUCACCAGUUGACCUCUUCACUUUUUACAACUUUAUGAGAGAAAUAGAGAAUAGAGUGGAGUACUUGGACUUCUGGUUUGAUUUGGUCAACCACCUCAACUUGUGUAAGUAUUAUGUCAAAGGAUUGAGACAAUCACUCUUAAAACAACAGAACCUCCAUCAGCAAAGGGCAUCCAACUUACUGGAAAAUCAUAAGAGUUUAAGUUCCAGUGUGUUGUUGGAUAUGAUCAUCAACGAUGAUAUUCUUCAGGACAAUGACUCCAACCGGUUGUCCCAGUUUUUAAGAGGAGACUUGAAUGUGACCGACCCUAAAUUGGUAGAUUUGAUCAACCAGUAUGAGGCUGACUAUGACCCAAAAACGCAAAGAGACUCGGGAGCCUCUAGCAUUCCAUUGAUGAACCUGCCUCAGCAGCAGUACCAACAACAGUACCAACUGCAGUAUGAUGAAACUUUCAGGCCUCCAAGUGGGUUUUCUUCCAUUGGAGAAAAGCGAAUUUCUUCCCAAUCCAAGCUAAUGGAAGGCCUCCUGACAUCUGAAGACGUCGAAAAUAGAAUGGAUCCCCACUACCAAGGCGCUGGCGCGAACUACACUCAAGUGAACCGAGAUUCCUCGAUAAACCCAUCAUUACUCGAGAAGCUCGUAAAGAGUUCGCCUCAUGAUAGCAUGUCAGGUAGCCUUAUCACCAGAAACAAGUUAAAAGACUCGACACAAAGCUUGCUUCUCAAGUACUUUGUGGAAGAUGCAGAGAAGUACUUGAACUUACCAGGUCAUUUGAAUCAAUAUAUCAUCAAAUCGAUCGAAAUCGAUGGUAGAGAUGAUCCCGAUAUUUUUAAUGGAGUCAAAUCAUAUAUUUUCAACAAGAUCGAAAACGAACAUUUGCCCAACUUCUUGAACUUCAUAGCCAUCAAAAACUUGAACUCCAACUUUAUCAGAAUCAUUGUUGGGUUGUUUUUCCUUUUCAUUGCAUUUUGGAUCGGCUACGUUUUAAUCUUUUUGGACUAUUCCAAGUCCCUCAGAAUUCCGGUGUUAGUGCCGUUCUUCAUUGGAUUCUACUGUCUAGUUUCAGCCAUCUACUUAAUUGAUCCAGUGUUGGUGUGGUUUAAACGAUCUCAAUCAUUUCAAGAAUCUACAAGGUUCAUACGAUUGCAGGAGCCAUUUAUCUUCAAGUUAUUGGUGAAAAGAAGUUUAUGGGUAACAUUUUUGAUCCUAUUAUGCACCGCCAUAUUGACAGUAGUUUUUUGCCUUGUACCAGGACACCGAUUAUAAUAGCAUUACCUGAUGAAUAUACGAUCACAUCAAUGAAUUCCGCCAAUAAAGAGGUUUAUUGCACUAAAAAUUUAUACAUAAUGAAUUAAUAGACCUUAGGCUAAAAUUAGUUGUCGUUCAAGAAAGCUUCUCUCUUUUCAGCGACUCUUUGUUGUCUUCUUUCACGAGCAGCCUUGUUCUUGGAUCUUCUAGCUUCAGCUUCAACCUUCAAGGAGUUUUCUCUCAAAGCUUCAGCCUUGGCCUGGAUGAUGUGUUCGACUAAUGAUCUCUUGUGUUUAAAGGUGUUACCCUUGGCAGAUUUGUAUAACGAGUGGUAUAAGUGCUUGUCGAUCUUCUUAGCAUCUCUGUAUUUAGCCAAUAAUCUUCUCAACACUCUCAAUCUUCUCAUCCACAAAACUUGGGCUGGCAUUCUGGCGUCGGCAGUACCCUUUCUCUUACCGUAACCCAUGUGUCUACCUAAACUCUUGCUUUCCUUUAAGGCUCUAGCUCUAGAUCUAGAGUGAACAACAGCUGGCUUCUUGACAAUGGUACCAUUUCUGUACAACUUUCUGAUGGCUUGUCUCGAGUUAGCGCUGGCGAGUUCACUGGUUUCGUUAGGGUCUAACCAGAUCUUUCUCUUACCAACUCCGACAACGGAAGCAGCUAAUCUCUUUUGGGUUCUUAAGUUAGCCAUUAUUUCACGGAUUAGUUUAGU